AGUGUCAUUCACUGAAAGAAUUUGCAUUCAUUUGCAAUUUUAGAAAACCUUUUGUUAGGUUGUAUCGAAAACACCGGCUGUGUUCGUAAUUCGUAUAAAUCUGCAAAUUCCUUUAACACGUUUUAUUCUUCAUAAAUCAUAAUGGUUUUGGCUCAUGAUUUACGACAAAGUCAGAAGACAAAAGACAUUCAAAUAUCCGAAGAUAUAACAUUUGACACAAUGCUCUUUUCUGCCAAUACUUCAGAAGGAUUAAAAACAGCAGGUUUUGUUAGGCCUUCUCCAAUUCAAUUACAUGGAAUUCCCCUAGGAAAGUGUGGUUUUGAUUUACUACUGGAGGCUAAAUCAGGAACAGGAAAAACUGCAGUUUUUACUGUCAUAGCAUUAGAACAAUUAGACCUUAAGAAAGGUUUGCAAACAAUUGUUUUAGCACCUACUAGAGAAAUUGCUGCCCAAAUUUGUGAUGUAUUUAGGCAGAUAGGUUGCAAAUAUAAAGGUUUAUGUAUAGAAGUUGUAAUAGGAGGUUUACCUUUAAACGAAGAUAUUGAAAAAUUUAAUGGGAAAAAAGUGCAUAUUGUAGUUGGUUGUCCAGGUAGACUGAAACAUCUGAUAAAUGAUGGCCAUUUAGACAUAAGUGCUGUAAGACUUAUUGUAUUUGAUGAAGCUGAUAAAUUGAUGGAAAAAAGUUUUCUUGCAGAUAUUAAGUACAUAUAUUUAGCUGUGCCAAAAGAUAAACAAGUAAUAAUGAGCAGUGCAACCUAUCCAGAGGAAUGUAAACAAUUCAUCAAUGAGUUUGUGUAUGAUGCACAACACAUUUGCCCAAAUAGUGACUGUGUUUUGCUGGGAGUUGCUCAAAAGAUAACUCAUGUCAAACACAGCAGUAACACUGUCGUACAAACCACUAAGAGAUUUAAAGAAUUGUUAAAAAUCAUAACAACAAAACAAUUUAAACAAUGUCUGAUUUUCUGUAACUAUAGGGCAAGAGUGAGGGAAGUUUAUAAAAUGUUAGUCAGAGAAAAGUGGCCUACUGAACAGUUAUAUGGUGCACAAGAUCAAAUACAUCGUUUAGAUGCAUUAAAAACAUUACAGGAUUAUAAAUGUAGAAUCUUGAUAUCAACAGACUUAGCGGCUCGUGGGAUUGAUGCCUCAAAUGUAGACUUAGUAGUCAAUUUUGAACCUCCAAUUGAUUGGCAAACAUAUUUGCAUAGGAUUGGAAGAGCUGGAAGGUUUGGUUCGUAUGGUAUGGCUAUAACUAUACUAAGUGAGGGUGUUGAACAAAAGAACUUUAUGAAUUUACUUGACACAGCAAACUUGGCGGCUAAUGUAAGUCCACUGUGGAUAGAAGCUGAAAGUAUUAACAGUGACACAGAAAUAAUAAAAGUGUCUGAAACCCAGGAUAGUGUAAAAUUGAAUGGAUCAAAUGAUCUGCUUGAAUAUGCUGAGCUAUGGAAUAUUAUCUGUGAUACAGAAAUUACUUCAAAUAAAAGGGUUGUUGAAGACUUUCAUGAACUCCUUCACUCAUUUCAAAGUACCACAGAUAAUACUGAUGGUAUCAAAUCUUUUUCUGAUUUAUAUGAAUCAUUUCAAAAUGAUCAUUUGUCAGAUACUGCAGAUGGUACUGAAUAUAAAUGCAUGAAAUUGUCAAGUGUAAUGAAUCAGUCCCUAAUUGGAAUUACAAAGAAAAUAAAGGAUCUGAUCGAAUCAGAUGUUUUAGAAAUAAAUAAUGCUCCUUAUAUAGUAAGUAGCAAUGUUAAUAACAUUAAUAUAGAAGAAACAAAUGAUUCUCUAGAAAAGUUAAGCAUUAAUCAAGAAGUCAAUAAAAAGCAAGAAAAAAAUUAUUCUUCUGACAAAUUAAGUAAUAAUAUUAUUGGGAAUAAAGAAAAAACAAAUGACUUAACAGAUAAAUUUAAUAACAGUGUAAAUAGUAUUAAAGAAAAAAGAAAUAAUUCUUCAGAUAAAUCAUGUAAUAGAAGUGCAGAAAAAAAAGGUUCUACAAAUAAAAUUAGUAUUAACAAAAAAAAACAAAGAAAAACAGAAAAACAACGAACUUCUGAUGAAUUAGGUAAAAAUAUUAAUAAAAGUGAAGAUAAAACAAAUGAUUCUACAGAUAAACUAAGUAACAACUUUCAUGAUACUAAUGAAAAUACAUUCGCCAAAAGCAACAAACCACCUGUUCUAUAUACAGAAGAUGAUGAUUCUGAAGGAAAUUAUAUGCCAACAUGUAACAGUUCAUUUUCUAAUAACAAUAUCCAUUCAAAAUUUAAAGUAAAAAGCUCUGCAAAAAUGAGAUCAGUUAUGAGAAGCUCCAGAGAAACUUCAUGUAGUAGUUCUACUGAAGAUAUCCAUAUUAUGACUAAAAAUUCAAAUAGAAAGACACAUUCCAAAGUAAAAAAUACACAUAUAAAUAGUCAAUCGAAAUUAAAUUGUUAUCCACAUUGUUCAACCUCUAAAACACAGAGUAAAGUUAAUCCUAAUAAAAAACAUGUAUCUGUCAACAAGUACAAUAAUUGGUACAAUGAAUUGCAAAUACGAGUAAAACAAAUAGAAUUAGCUAUUUAUAUUGAUGAAUUAAGUAAAUUAUAAGAACUUUAUCUGUGAUAAUUUACCUCUUGUAAGAGAUUGGUGUGAAGGUACGGAGUAUUUGUUAUUCUAUUAAAGCAAAGCUUUGCAAUUGUUUUGGUUAUUAUUUUUUAAAUUACUGAUUAGAACACUAAAAGAUA